CUCAUUACAAACCCUAGCAGCCACGCCCGGAUCGAUCUUUCUCACGUACAACCAGACCGAUCGAGCAACUCAACCCGUCUAAACAUGUCCGCACCGCCGCGACGGUGGGCGGACCUCCCGUCGGAGCUGCUCGCGGUCGUCUCCGGCCGCCUACACGAUCCCACCGACUUUAUCCGCUUCCACGCCGUCAGCACAUCAUGGCGGGAGUCGCUGCCCAAGACGGCAUUGCUCCGCCCAGACUUCUUGCCCUGGCUCGUCGCCCCGCCGUCUGGUCGCUGCUUCUCCGUUAUCAGGCUCCGCUGUGUCUUCUCCAAGACAAGCUACCAUGCCGAGGUACCCGUGACCCUCCACAAGCUCGGGUGGGUGGCGCGAGCCGACGGCACGGCGGACUGGUUCUUCAGCACACGGGACGGGCCUAGGCUCGUUGACCAUCUCACCGGGGAGGCCAUCCCCCUGUCGCCCUUCCCGCACGGCGAUAAGCGGAAGAUGAGGGAUAAGUCCCGCGGCAUCGUCUACGGCGACGGCACUGUCUUCCUCUACAACUUUUCCAAAUCUGACGACAACCAUCAGCAAGGAACGACGUCCACCAACCUCCGAGCGGCCAUCCUCAGUCCCGGCCAUACCGCAUGGACAGUCGUCGAGAGAGGAUUCAGGCUGGGGAGGAACAACAUAUCGUUCGAAAACAAUCAUUGCUUCGCCGCGUACCAUGAUGGCAAGAUCCUGGUGUGUGUGGACAGGGACAAUAGCAAUGACAUCUGGCACCUCCUAGUGCCCUCGGCGGCCGGCGGCUUCCAUGCUAGUGUCAUUGAGAACGACGAGAUGUGUGCUGCGUCAUGGCGAUUCCAUGGGUUCAUGGCCUUGGAUUGGCGUCUUGACUCUAGCCACGUCCUAGAGUCCCAUGGCGAGUUGUUGCGAGUGUCCGUCCUGGUCCGUUCGCCCAACUACCGGUUCUCAAAUCGUCAGAGCACCAGUAGCCAGGUGCUCACGCUGGUUGUUUUGGUGCACUCCCUCGUGGAAGAGAUUGGCGUAGAUGGUAGACAGACGGUGCGGUGGGCAAGGAGGGACGGCUUGAGCUUCGCGGAUCGUGUCAUGUUUCUAGGGUUCCCAAGCACCUUUGCAGUGGACGCUGCGAGAUUUUGUGGCAGGGAGGACAACAUAAUUGCCGGGUGCGUUUACUUCUUCUUACGGUGGUCUAGAGAACACGGCUCCUCGAUGUCAUCGCCGCUUGGCGUCUUCAGGUACAACCUCAUCAACGACAAAACCAAGUUCAUGGAAUACCUACCGCACAAAUGGAGCAGCCAUAAAAACGACGCGGGUAUGUGGCUCGUGCCCCGGCCUCGCAUUGCUCCAGUUAAGGUAAUUAAAGAAUGGCUGGAGGCUCCAAAGGCAUAUCAUCCAACAAUAGGAAGUAGAUCUAUCCGGAAGGAGAAACGACCAGAACAGUCCAAGGAGUCCUUCAGCUUCGUGGUGCAAAACCAUCCUCCGGGUGUGUCGACAUGGAUAGCUCCUUGAUGCGCCGCUUCUUCAGCAAGCAUGGCAAAGUUUCGACCGCUAAGGUGACCUCUCCUGGGGCAGGAUGUGUUACCACGGCAAUGAUGACAAUGGAAAGGUCGGGCGAUGCCGAGGACGCCCUCAAUCGGUUGGUACUGAAUGGGUAUACUCUUGUGGUGAGCGGUCAUAUGGCAAGGCGCGAGUCAUCAGUGUCCAAGUUGCGGGUGUCACUAUAAACUUUGGUGCUAGGUUGAGGUGUUCCAACCUUCAUAGAGAUCAUGUGGUUGUUUAUCAAUAGCGAUCACUAGACUCGGCUAGCUUGCAAAGUUUACGUUUCUUACAAUCUUGAUCAACAAGCCUUUGGUCUUAUAAGAAUACAAUUUUAUUUCAUCUCUAACCAGUAAC